AUGGCCAACCAACUCGGCGACGAAGAGAGUAACGAUCCGCCCGCGAGAAGAUCCUCGACCUCGAGUGUGACCAGGGUAGAAGAUCCAGAACUCGGAAACGCCCCUCUGGAUGCCGGCAUCCCCAUGUCUGAGCGGACCGGAAGACAGGAGUCCCAAGUUUCGCAAGUCUGGACUAUUUCUCAUGCUUACUACGCCAACAUGGGGGGCCUGGUUGCGCUUAAGUGCGAAACCGACUGUAAUACUGAUGCGUUGCAGUAUUCGGUAUUACGCGGCGAUCAUCUUGCCGGCUGGGAAUUGGAAGAAUGGCGGUUCGGACAUCCUCUCAAGAAGCUCCAGCUCUCAGCAGCCGAUAUUGACGACAAAAGUAAAGCCGAUUGGUUGGUGAAAUUAUUCUCCAUGGUCCAAAUCAGCCGACUUAUUCUGGAUCUUAUCAAUCGAGCUGCGAUUCACCGACCUAUAACACAGUUCGAGCUUGGGACUGCAGCGUUCGCUGUUUUCGCCAUAAUCACGUAUCUGGUCAACUGGUGGAAGCCAAAGGACAUUUCACAUCCGACAUCGCUACAUGAGGUGGUGGAUGAAAGGCGGCCGGAUGAGGCCAUUGAACGGUCUGCCGAACCCUUCUUCAACCGAUUAUUAUCGCCUAUGCCACGCACAUUUCAUUACCGCAAGAUCGCCUCUCAGUAUUACCGAAUUAGGAACGAUGAGCUAUGGAUGGAUGGAGAUUACCCAGUAGUCUGGCCUUUGAUGGCAGCAUCCUGUGUGGUAUUUGGAGCUUUCCACUGCAUUGCCUGGGGAUGGCAGUUUCCGACCCAUCUUGAGCAGCUCCUGUGGCAAAUCUCUUCGGUGGUGUCAACAGUGUCACCCCUCGUUCCACUCGCCUUCACCUACUUUCUCAUUCUCCGUGGGACUCACGCUCUUGUCCAUCAUCAAAGCGAAGCCGCGAAAGAAGCUUUGACCAAGCUCCGGCUGCUCCGAAGGCUGCCCGAAGCUUGGGUACAGCUUUUGAAGACCAGUGUGGACGACCAGCAGACCUGGGGACGUGAGUUCGGAGAGGGGCGUUACGAAAUCGCUCGGAACAAGAUUGUUGCAUAUUCGAAGUGCUUGCUUGAGCUCAAAGGCCACCGGUCAGCCUUAGCAGGAAAGCUCGAGAGGGGCCGCCAGGCAAAUGUUCUAGAAAACAUAUGGAAAGGUCUAGCGCAACAGAAGGACAUGUACUGGGAGCUGCACAACCUGCUUGGUGAAAAAUGGGACAGAUACGAAGAAGAGGUUACACUCGUUGCCCGGAGUGUGGGGACCGUGGUAGGCCUGGAGAACUACUACGAACCUAGACUUCUCAAGACGCUCCACGAUUGUUGCCUGUCUGCUCCCAGAUGGACUCACCGCUGGCAAUACGUGGGCUCCAAAGAGCAGCUACAGUCGAGAAUACGCAGAUAUGCGAAACCUACCAACAUCUUCUUCGGCAUCGUCUAUGCAAUCUCUCGUCUCAUUCUUAUUGGCAUCAUGUUCUCCAGUCUCCGCGAGGUGCCAAAGGGCGUUUACGAGGUCACCAGCUGGACCCGGUUCCUGCCGAGCUUUUCAUGA